CCUCGGAGAACUGUCAACAGUGUGUGUUUUGUUUGCUCCUCGUGUUUUUGCACGCGCACACGUUCCGCCGGAGAAAUACAUUUUCAUCAUGAAAGUAAACGAAAAGAAGCGACCAUCUGAACGGGAAAAGUUGGAAAGACGUGAACGUAAACGGCAUCUGCGGCAGGACCGUUUGCUGGACCGCGUCCAACAAGAGUUCGAAGCAAUAGAAAAGGAGAAGGCAUGCACGGCCACGGUCGAAGUCGCACCCGUGAGUGAAACGGAGCAGGUGUCCACCGUCAGCAUAGCGGUACCGGGUUCGAUCAUGGAUAAUGCUCAAUCGCCCGAACUGCGGACAUAUCUGGCCGGUCAGAUAGCGCGAGCCGCUUGCAUUUUUCAGAUCGACGAGGUGAUCGUGUUCGAUGAUUGUGGCCCAAGCAACCAGGUUACGGACCGGCUGGGCACGAUCCAAACGACGGAAGGAGCGACCUCGGCCCGCCGCUGCUGCAUACAGCUCGCACGCAUCCUGCAGUACCUCGAAUGUCCGCAGUAUCUGCGAAAGUACUUCUUCCCGCUGCACAACGACCUGAAGUUCAGCGGGCUACUGAAUCCGCUCGAUUCCCAGCACCAUCUUCGGCAGCAGAGUGAGUUCGUGUUUAGGGAGGGCAUCGUUACGAGUAAACCCAUGAAGAGCAAUAAGGUCGGCGCGUUUGUGAACGUGGGACUUUUGAACGAUGUGCUGGUAUAUACAGCACUCGAACCGAACCUGCGCGUAACGGUAAAAAUGCCUGCGGGUGCUGAUUUGAAAUCGAAGAAGAUCCGGGCAAAGGUUGUUCCGCCUUCGCAACCGCGUCAAGAAACGGGCAUCUACUGGGGGUACUCGGUACGGAUUGCUAACUCGCUGUCACAGGUAUUCACCAAAUGUCCGUACCGCGGAGGGUACGAUAUGACGAUAGGCACUUCGGACAGAGGUAAAAACGUGCACGAGAUCGAAUCGGGCAGUCUUUCGUACCAGCACGCCCUGAUCGUGUUUGGAGGCGUUCUUGGUCUAGAGCCGGCGCUAGAGAACGAUCAGAAGCUUACGGUUGACUCGGUGGAGGAUCUGUUCGAGCAGUACGUGAACACUGUCCCAGCGCAAGGAUCGCGCACGAUACGCACCGAAGAAGCGAUCCUGAUUUCCAUGGCGGCACUGGGCAACAAGCUUAAGCCCGUGAAUGCUCCAAAACCGUUCACCAGCUUUGAGGCCAUUCCACAGAGUCAGGACACUGGCAUCCAACAGUACGCGUUCAAUGCAAAACGCUCCAAGAUGGAUCCGACUGAUGCGCAGAACAACGGGAAACCAGCUGCCGUCUCAAGACCACCACCGGCCGAGGAUAAGUUCGGAGAUAUGUCACGCUUUGAUUAGAGAUGCUUCCGUUGUGCGAUUAACAAUAAAGAUUUAUUUUGGGCAAUUUUACUCGCCCGACUGUCCA